UCCACUUCCACUUUUUCUCCAUUUUCCCUCACCUGAUCUCUUCAGCUUUUUCCUCCAAACAGCAACAACAAUGGACCCCAAACCCAUUUGAAUUUCAAAUUUAAAUCCUUUCUUCAGAUUUUUCCUUUUUUUCUUUCAAAAGACCCAAAAAAACAGGAUAAAAAAUUAUUAUAAGAGUUAAAAAGAGUUUGGAUCAUUUGAGGUUUGAAAUUCUUUUGACAAUGGGAGAAUCUGCUUGUCUCAUGCAGCCAUUCUCUUAUGCUGCAGGCAUUCCCAAUGAAGAUCAAGUUCAAGAGGGUAACCCAAUUCAUGCUCUUGGGCAGUCAAUUUCAUUUGGGAGGUUCAUGUCAGAGUCUCUAGCUUGGGAAAAAUGGUCAACCUUUUCAUCACAUAACAGAUAUGUUGAAGAAGCUGAGAGGUAUUCUCGCCCUGGAUCAGUUGCCCAGAAGAAAGCUUUCUUUGAAGAACAUUACAAGAAAGUUGCAGCUGCUAGAAAGGCAGCAGCUUUACUCGAGCAAGCAAAUGGUACCUCAAAUAUUGCUCUUGAUCAGUCAGAAUCUGAAGGCAGAGAUCAUGACAUGGUAACUCAAGAUCCACAAAUGCUCAGUGUAACUUCCCAAGAAUGCGAAGUCAGAGACCAUGACAUGGUAGCUCAAGAUUCACAGAUGCUCAGUAUAACUUCUCAAGAACCUGUCAAUGAACAAGAAGAAGUUACGGAUCUAAACAAUGAGGAAAGUUCGGUUGUUGAAUCUAAUGGAUUAAGCUCGAAUUCAAAGAUAAAAGUGUUGGAGAAUGACAAGCUUAAAGAAGCUGAUCAAGUCACUGAACAGAAAGUUCUGGUGGAAAAUUCCAUGAGAGUGGACUUGUUGAACAAGCUUGGUGCUAGUAAUGGUAAUGAAGUCAGAGAUAUGGAGCUUAGUGGACCAGUACAGAAGGAAAAUUAUGUCAAGAUUGAAUCACCAAAGAAACUUGGGCUUGUUGACAAGGAAAAGGAGGUUAAGGAAUCUAAGCUUGGUAGAAUGGAACAGAUGGAGAAACCUCUAGCUAUGCAUGAUUCUAAGACUGCCCAAGAUUGUUCAUUGUCAACAAGCAAGAAAAGACCGACAUUUUCUUCCUCAAAGUCAUCAAGUUAUGGAAGAGGUUCCAAAGUGUCAUCUUCACCAGUUAAACCCACAGCUCCAGUUCAUUUCAAGAAUGAAAACGAUGCUACUCCAAUCGCCAAGAAAUCAACCAUAGAUUCAGCUCCAGUUCAUUUGAAGAAGGAAAACAAUGCUACUCCAAUCACCAAGAAAUCAGCCAUGGAUACAGUGGAUAAAAGAAGAAUGACUCCAAAGUCAAGCCAGAGGUCAUACAACUUCACACCUGCUAAAGAAGUCAAUAGAUUAACGUCGAAAAUUAUCAGGAAGAUAGAUGGCUCGAGAAUUGGUUUCAAUUCUAAAAUGCCCAAGGAGGUUUCAACUCCUCUACGGACUCCAAACACGGCUUCAGUGCAGCGAGUAGCAAAGUCUUCGAUGAUCACUCCAUUGUCAGAAAACAGAAGUGCAAGGAUGGCCCCUGAUUCCUCAGCAUCGCGGAGCAAAACAGUUCGAUCAAGAUGGAACUUCCUCCCUACCGAUUGUUCAAAGUUUUUGAGUCUCUGCAGAAACAAACCACAGUCCCCGAGUACAUUUACACCUUUUGGCUUGAGAGUAGAAGAGCGAGCUGCAAGAAGAAAAGAGAAGCUUGAAGAGAAAUUCAAGGCCACUGAGGUAAAAAAACAGCUGCAGCAAGCAACACUCAAGGAGAAAGCAGAAAUAGAAAUCAAAAAGCUGCGGCAAACGCUUUGCUUCAAAGCCAGGCCACUGCCUGAUUUUUACAAAGAAAGAAGAACACCAAAGAACCAGACAGAAAAGGUACCAUCAACACAUCCUGAGUCAAAAUCAACGGCACUAAGGAGAAAAACGGGUCCCAGCAGCACCAGCAUAGUCCAAACCAAAACCUCUCAUCCUCAGAGAUCCUCAACCAAGAACAGUAGCUCCAAUCAUGUUCAGGCAAACAAUAAUCAAGCUUCAGCUCGUUCUCAUUCACUGCCUGAAACUACCACUAGUGAGAAUAUGUCUCGAAAUAUUCAGCAAGGAUAAGCAAAAACAUAUUAACUGUUAUAUGUAAGACAAGGAACCUGUGUACCAGAGUGAAAGUCAUGCGUGAGGGACUUUCAUUCUCAAUUAAUGCCAACUCAUCUAUGCUCGCCAAGAUUCUUCAUGUAAUUAACUUUAAAAUUGCAGCCAAGAUUUCAUUGUAUCUUAAAUAUCAGCUGGUAUAAAUGUAGGCACUGUAAUACCAUCCAUGUAAAUCAAUUUGAUGAGAUGAAUGCUGGAACAA